AAAAAAAAAAAAAAGAUUCUAGCUGGCACUCAUCCUUUGUGGUCCUUUGAUUAGAUUUACUUGUCUAAUUAUCCCUGGCUGGAAUUUCAGGAGAAGUCAUGGAAGUUAGGAUUUGCUGCUCCAUCUUUCAAGAAGUAAAUUGGAGGUCUUUAAUUAAAUAGCCAUGUCUCAGAAACAUGGGCAUUAGAGGCAGAGGAAAAAGAAGUCCUGUGUUCCUCAGGAUAUGUCUGUGUGUUUGUGAUAUAUGGAGUUUGGAGCUUUGCUUGAAAUAAAACCUUGGAAUCCUGAUGGGCAAUAUUUAGUCUGAAUGAACAAUGUUUUCAUUAGAGGCAGACUCCCAAGAAAGAGUUAAAUACACUUCCUUAUUUGUUAAGGACAGUGUCUUCAGCCUUUGCUUCAAGUUUUUUUGUUUUGUUUUGUUUUUUUAUCAUGAAUUAUCACAUGUCCAACUGGACAACUCAUCAUAGUUAAAGUUUCACCAGUUGACAAAUUGGAGACUUCCAGACUACUGAAAAGAAGGUGCUUUCAGAACUGGAGAUGUGAAUAAGACGCCUAUGCCAGGGUUCAUGAACCACCUUAAGAAAAUGACUGCGGUGUUGGAAGACCAUUGCUAUUGGAAAGCCGGUUAGCAUCCAUUUCCUAAGAGAAACUUGACCACCAUUUGCUCUGGCAUGGCGCAAAGCAGUCCACAGCUUGAUAUGCAGGUUCUCCUUGACCUCCGACAACGUUUCCCUGAGAUUCCAGAGGGUGUGGUGUCUCAGUGCAUGUUACAGAAUAACAACAAUCUUGAAGCCUGUUGCCGAGCCCUUUCCCAGGAGAGUAGCAAGUACUUAUAUAUGGAAUACCAUAGUCCAGAAGACAACAGAAUCAAUAGAAAUCGCCUUUUGCAUAUUAACCUGGGAAUCCAUUCUCCUAGUAGCUACCACCCAGGAGAUGGAGCACAACUUAAUGGUGGUCGAACACUGGUACAUAGUUCAAGUGAUGGACAUAUUGAUCCACAGCAUGCAGCAGGUAAACAAUUGAUAUGUUUAGUUCCGGAACCACACUCAGCCCCAGCUGUUGUGGCUGCUACUCCAAACUACAAUCCAUUUUUUAUGAAUGAACAGAACAGAAGUGCAGCUACUCCUCCUUCACAGCCACCUCAACAGCCAUCUUCGAUGCAAACAGGAAUGAAUCCGUCUGCUAUGCAAGGGCCUUCACCUCCUUCAUACAUGCACAUACCUCGGUAUAGUACAAAUCCAAUUACUGUUACAGUAUCCCAAAACCUCCCUUCUGGACAGACUGUACCAAGAGCUUUACAAAUCCUUCCACAAAUUCCAAGCAAUCUCUAUGGGUCUCCUGGUUCUAUUUAUAUUAGACAGACAUCUCAGAGUCCAUCAGGAAGACGAACUCCUCAGAGUACCCCAUGGCAGUCUUCACCACAGGGCCCAGUGUCUCAUUAUAGCCAACGUCCUCUACCUAUUUAUCCACAUCAACAGAACUAUCAACCUUCUCAGUAUUCUCCCAAACAACAACAGAUUCCUCAGCCUGCUUACCAUUCGCCACCUCCUUCGCAGUGUCCUUCACCCUACAGCUCUCCACAACAUCAAGUGCAACCUUCACCGUUGGGCCACCCGAGUUCCCAUGUCUUUAUGCCCCCGAGUCCUUCAACUACUCCACCUCAUCCUUAUCAACAAGGACCUUCUAGCUAUCACAAACAGGGAAACCAUUCAAUAGCUUAUCUCCCAUAUACAACACCUAGCUUACCCAAAGGAUCCAUGAAGAAGAUAGAAAUUACAGUUGAACCCUCUCAAAGGAGUCCUUCACCUAUCAGUAAUCAGCCGUCUCCACGGAAUCAGCAUUCGCUGUACACAGCCACCACUCCACCCUCAAGUUCUCCUUCAAGAGGGAUAUCCAGUCAACCAAAACCUCCAUUUAGUGUUAAUCCUGUGUAUAUUACAUAUACACAGCCAACUGGACCUUCAUGCGCUCCAUCACCAUCUCCUCGGGUAAUACCAAACCCAACUACAGUUUUUAAAAUUACCGUAGGCCGAGCAACGACUGAAAACCUUUUAAAUUUAGUGGACCAAGAAGAACCUUCUGCAGCCCCAGAACCUAUUCAGCCUAUUUCAAUGAUUCCAGGCUCUUUGGGAGAAAAGGGAAGCCAUAAAUAUCACAGGAGUUCUAGUUCUGGAUCAGAUGACUAUGCCUAUACACAAGCCUUGCUGUUGCAUCAGAGAGCAAGGAUGGAGAGGUUAGCAAAGCAAUUGAAACUUGAGAAAGAGGAGUUAGAACGAUUGAAGGCUGAAGUUAACGGUAUGGAGCAUGACCUAAUGCAGAGACGGCUCAGAAGGGUCAGCUGCACCACUCCGAGUCCAACGCCUGAGGAAAUGACAAGAUUGAGAAGCAUGAACAGACAACUCCAGAUAAAUGUUGACUGUACACUGAAAGAAGUUGACCUCCUUCAAUCUAGAGGAAACUUUGAUCCAAAAGCCAUGAAUAAUUUUUAUGACAACAUAGAACCUGGCCCGGUGGUACCACCCAAGCCAUCUAAAAAAGACUCACCAGACCCUUGCACAGUUGAGAGGAAAGCCCGAAGAAUUAGUGUGACCUCCAAAGUACAGGCGGAUGUUCAUGACACCCAGGCAGCAGCUGCAGGUGAGCAUCUACCUGGCCCCAAGAACAAUUCUCAGACACAGCCCCGAGAUGAAGACUAUGAAGGGGCCCCAUGGAAUUGUGACAGCUGCACGUUUCUGAACCACCCAGCACUAAAUCGCUGUGAGCAGUGUGAGAUGCCCCGGUACACCUGAAUUGAGAAGAGUCUGCACCAGGUUGACAGUGAAGCUGAGUGUCCAUUAGAAGAAAAGGAAACGGGAUCUUCAUCUGUCCAGCCUUUUUAUUUCAGAUUCCGUAGGGGGAGGAGGAAUGGCACUGGAGCUGCCUGUACUCACUACAGGAGAAAUGGGGAAGGUUUUUUCCCUGUCUCAACUCAUUACAGAGUGAGAGACAGAAAGGGAUACUUGAAACUGGGAAAGGAUUCUCUCUUGAAAGAAUGUACACAGAAGUCAAGAGCUCUUCUGUGGAAUUCAAUUGUUGAGUUACUGCUGAGUGACCCUUAUUUUAUAAACUAGAACUUUAUCGUGUGACAUGUUACAGUUUAUGCAGACAAACUGUGAAUCCCCAUAGCAGACUUAUCUGGUCACAGCUCUCUGAAAAGCCUAGAGCCCUUCCCAUUGCUUCCUACUGAAGAGGAUAGGAAGAAGCACUUAGAAUAUGAUGGGCGGGGGGCAAAAUAUUAGGGUAUUUGUAUCUGCUGCUUUUUUCAGGGGUAAUUUCCAACACACAAGAUGUUUUAAAAUGUGAUUUGCAGUAGUCAGGAAUUAGGCAUGUUGUGCCCUUUGUCAAAAGUAUAAUCAUUGCUCGUACAAUGAUUCAUCAAGCUAUAUCAACACUGGUAACCAAGACCUAAUUACGCCACAUAAUAGAUAUAUUUUUGAAGUUACUGCAUGCUUUUAUUAGGUCAUUGGUUUUAAAAAUAAAAAAAUGAGUCCUUACAAAGUACAAUUUUAUGAAUGACCUUCUCGUAAAACUGUGCUCUGUCAGUAGCACAAUGAAUGUAUGCCAAUUGUAAAUCCAUUCCAAAAUCCAUUUGGAAACCUUGAUUUCACCUGUGGUUCUACAAGAUACAUUUGCAGUGCAUAGGGCCUUUUUGUCCCCUCCUUUCAGUUUUGUGAGGGAUUCAUGAUGUUUACAGCACAGAUAAUACUUUGUGCCAUAAUCCUAACUUAGCUGAAAAAAAAUUAAUAUUAGUUCAAUAAAUAUUUAUUUGCACAUACAUUCAUAAACCAGAGAGUGAAAGUACAGUGGGCCAAUAUCAUAAAGUUGGGGAGGAAGAGAAGGCUAGUCAAAAAUAAGAUUAAGAAUAAGGUUAAUAAAAAGGACUUUGAAGUAUGUUUCAAAUUGAACAUACUAUAUUCAGAAAUAACACUGAGUUCCAAGUAGUUCAAGUGAUACUGAAGCACUCCUUAUUUAUGAAACUAGAACUUUAGGGUAUGCACAACUCAAGAGAUGUAAUUCCCUAGAAUGCACCACUGGAAAAAAAUUUAAGAAGACAUUCAAUUAAUGAUUCUAUCAUCAUUGAGAAUUGGAUUUUGGAAUCUUCCCCUUAUUUGGGUAAAUAUAAACAGCAAUAAAAUUGAAAGUUUUUCUAAUUCUUAGGGAUUUUUCCUGAGGUUAUAAAUUUAGAAAUAUCCACCUUCCCUCCCCCACACCCCUUGCACACACUUUAAGCUGUCAUUGCAUUCUAAUUUGGCAGUAAUCUCUGGCAGACCUAGAAAAAUAAGCUGCAUUUAAUAGCAUAAUGAAACCAAAGGCAUUAACAAUUCAUCAUAGUUUUCCAUCAAAAUCAUACUUUCACACUCUACAAAGUGUGGCUAUGUAAUUAGACUGAUAGAACAUCUCUCAUACAACAACUGUGGCAAAACUGUGAAAACAAUGGUGAGAAAGUAGAUGGACUUAAAAGCAGUGACCUGAAAACAUCAUCCUUUAAAGGCUUUUGUAACACGUAUCUGUCAGUCUCCAAUAACAGUCCUAUCCUAUAACAUUCCAUCUUUGCUUUUGUAUGGUUUCAUUAUCUCUUUAGUGACGGUGGACCCCACUUGGUAUUUAGUAACAGUUUAGGGGGAAAUCCAUAUACUGGUUGGUAUUCUCGCUAAAGGUUUACCAGUAUUCUUAGUGAUAUGCUCAAGCGGCAGCAACUAACUUGGCAGUUGACAGUUGAGAAUGAAAGUACCUGUAGCAUGUUAUGAAAACAGUUUGAUGCUUUAUUAAAACCACGUAGAUGACUUUAAAACUAUUGCAUGAACAUACAUCCAGAUUACUAAGCUGCUGUCAUACAGUUGAUGCAUGGUUCCAGUCGUUAGGUGAUAUAUCUAGACAACCAUUGUUUUCACCUGCCAGGGAAAUUGAGAAACCACUCUAUUUGAUAGGUAUAGGGUGGGGUAUGACACAUCAGACUGAUUUGAAGGAAGUGUGUGUUUUUUUUGUAUGUGUUCAUUUCUGAUUGUGUACAAGUUUCAUACACCAACAUAGGCUGUAUUCCGUUUUUUUAAAUAAGCAAAAUCAUUUGACACUGAUAAAUCUGAUACAUUUAACUGUGUCCCAUAUAUCCAUUACUUCUUGUCUGUGACCAGUUUGAACAAGAAUUCAGUCAACUUUCAAAGUAAAGGAUCUUCUAGUUAGAUUGACAUAUACAGACAAUUGGCAUAUAAAUGGUAGGAUACAAAUUGGAUGGUUGGUUGCCUGCCUGCUGAGAGGUGCCUGUGCUCCUUAGAUCAAUUGGUACACUUCUUGUUUCUAUUAAAAACUUUUUUUCUUAACGCAGACCUAACGACACUUGUUUGUUUUUUGUUUGUUUUUUGUUAAUCCUCAUCUGAGGAUAUUUUUCCCAUUGAUUUUUUCAGAGAGAGUGAAAGGGAGGGACGGAGGGACAGAGAGAGAGAGAGAGAAAGAGAACCAUUCAUGUGACAGAUACAUAUACAUAGAAUGGUUGCAGACACCCUCUUGGAGCAGAGUGAACCAGGUAUGUGACCUUGACUGGGAAUCAAGCCCGCGACCCUUUGGUGGACAAGCUGACGCUCUAACCACCAUGUAACGCCAGCCAGGGCCAGACACAUUUCAAAUAUGUAUUUCACUGUUUUAAAAUGGGUUUUCUGAGAGCACAUUUACCAUUUUGUUAAAGUGCACGGCCCCCUAAAUUUUGGAGUAGGUCUGAAAAGUUUAUAGAGGAGCCAUAAAUUUUCUAAUGAGCACUGUAAAAAUGUUUCAAAUUGAUAAUGACCUUGUUUGGGAGAGGGUAGAUGCAGGGUUUUAAAGAAACAAAGAAAUGUGUGGUAAAAGUAGUUUUUAGAGCAGACUAACGAUGGUGGGGGAAGUGUUGCUAAUUUGUUUAUUUCCCUGAAAGAAAUGGGAUGUGUGAUGAGAAGUUUAAUAAUUUUUAAAGAGCUGGUCUCAAUUUUAGUAAUUACUUCCUAAAAUUUUGUCAUUGCUUUGUCCCAAUUAUCUAAGGUUCAUUGCCAGCUUUCUAUGGCAACUCAAGUUUUAUAUAGUAUUUUAAGAGGUAAUUGUAAUGUCUGAUGCUAUAAACAAAAAGAAUAUAAGGUAUAGGAAAAUUGUUCUUUGAAAAUAUCAACAGUGUAUCCUGGAAUGUGAAGAUGUCCCUUUAUAGUUAAAACUGAUUUAUUUUAAUACUGUAGUCAUUGUUCAGACUUUGAAUGAGUUCAUGUUACAGUGUGUGUCUGUAUAUCUGUAAAGAAGGAAAAAUGAUUACUGAAAUGUUACUUUAAAAAAAUCAUUAAAUUAGGCACUGUCUGUGUUGCACCACUACUGAAUCUUUCUGAGAGAAUUAACAAUGUUUUCUUACUAUAAAAUUUAAUUCUGAUGACGUUUUCACAUUCACCAGAAAUGCAUUUUUUUCCUAUAUCAUAUGCAACCCCAGAUAUUUAAAACUAGAUUUUGCAUGGCAUGAGCAUUCAGAAAUUAAUAGAAUGGCUCAAUUAUAAUUUUUUAAGCCAUGAAAAGUUACUUUGCGACUGAACAAUUCUGAAUUCUUAAUAAUGAUACCCAAUGUCCAUGUUUCCCUACUGUUAAAGAAUUUAUUCGUUUCUUUAUUAAAACAGCAAGAACUUAUUAAAUCUUGUAAAUACCUUGUCUCUUAGAUUUCUGUGUAUGCUGUGAAUCAAAUUAUUUUGAAGUGAAAUUGUACAAAGGCAUUUGAAAAGGCUAUGCAUGCAUUGUACCUCCAAACAACACAUAUUCGGAAAAUCAAUGAUUCCUGCAAAAUAAAUUAAUAAACAAAAAGUAAACU